AUGAUGGAAACGCAGAGGCUGCAGUGGCAUCGUUACAAUCAGCCACCCCUUAGGUGCGAAAAAUAUAGUAACCUGAGAGAUUUCAAAACCAUAGGGAAUGACGCCAGUUCAUCUAUUGGUAAACCAGUCAUACAACCAUCAUCAUUCACUGGAGGAAAGCGGUAUAUGAUUCAGAAUUAUCAGGAUGCCAUGACUAUUUGUAGGUGGACUGGAUAUCCGUCGUUGUUUAUUACUUUUACUUGCAACCCGAAAUGGCCAGAAAUCACAAGGUUUGUUAGUAAAAGGGGACUACGACCAGAAGAUAGGCAAGACAUAUCCGUUCGAGUAUUUAAGUUGAAACUUGAAGAACUUCUAAUUAAUUUGAAGCAGGGAAAAGUAUUUGGUGAACACACUGCACUUGUCUCAACCAUCGAAUUUCAAAAGCGAGGCCUCCCUCAUGCCCACAUAAUUCUUUUUAUAAGACGUGAGGCGCAACAAUACUUGAUCGAUAACAUGGACGAUUUCAUAAGUGCAGAACUACCACCUAAGGAGGAAAACCCAAAAUUAUAUGAGACAGUCUCAGAAUGCAUGAUCCAUGGUCCUUGUGGAGCAGAUCAUUUAAAUUCACCUUGCAUUGUGAAUUUAAAGUGUUCGAAGGGUUUCCCAAAGAAUUAUAUUGAUCGUACAAAAGUUGAUGAUAAUGGAUAUCCAGUCUACAUGAGGAGAGACACAGGCAUCACAGUAGAAAAAAAUGGAGUAUUGCUUGAUAAUAGAUUUGUGGUGCCAUAUAACUCAUUUCUCAUUAUGAAAUAUCGGGCGCACAUCAAUGUUGAGUAUUGCAAUCAGGGUCAGUCUGUGAAAUAUCUUUGCAAGUACAUCACUAAAGCCAGUGAUAGGAUGGGUGCCAAAAUAACUAAUACAAAUAAUGAUGAAAUCUCUGAGUAUAUUGAUUGUAGAUACAUUUCUGCAUGUGAGGCUAUGUGGAGAAUAUUUGAAUUUCCAAUUCACUAUCGGACUCCACGCGUUGAGCGUUUGUAUUUUCAUUUGGAAGGAGAGCAAAACUGUGUGUUUAGAGAAGGCGAUUAUAUUGAAAAUGUCCUCAUGAAGAAUACGAUCGCUGAAACACAAUUUCUCGAGUGGAUGGAAAUGAAUAAGAAUGAUGCAGAAGCUUGGCAAUGGUUAUACAGUGAGUUUCCCCAACAUUAUGUUUGGGAUCUUGAGAAAAAAAAAAUGGAAGAAAAGAGAUAG